CAUAAAACUAAACUGCAAUAUAUUUCCUGAUCGUUUGACCAGAGAGACUUACCGCACUAGCUCGAACAGAAACCAGUUCUUCGCCAAGAACCAACCCCGCUUCUGCGCUGACGAGCCCGCUAUUUCGCUAAUCAAUAUUGCUGUGUUGGCUAGCGUCUAUAUUUCGUUGCUUUCUAAGGAUUUGGGAGACAGCUUGCCGAGGAGGCUAAACUGCAAGGCUGCACAUAAGGAGCUUUGUGUAGAGCCCAAGCCAAAACAUGGGAAAGGAUUACUAUGCAAUCCUUGGUGUAUCUAAAACGGCGGAUGAAAAUGAGCUUAAAAAAGCAUAUAGAAAGCUUGCAAUGAAAUGGCACCCGGAUAAGAACCCGGACAACAAGGAGCAAGCCGCCGCAAAGUUUAAGGAGGUUUCUGAAGCCUAUGAGGUCCUCACCGACCCCCAGAAGCGCGAGGUGUACGACAGAUACGGCGAGGAGGGCCUAAAGCAGGGCAUGGGUGGCGGCGGCGGGCCUGGCGGAGGCGCGGGCUUCCACUUCCGGAGACCCGAGGACAUCUUUGCAGAGUUGUUCGGCGGGCGGAGUCCAUUUGGUAUGGAUGAAGACGACAUGUUUGGAGGGGGCGGCGGCUUUGGAGGCGGCUUCCCGUUUGGAGGCUUUGGCGGCAUGAACGGCUUCCCGGGCAUGGGCGGUAUGGGAGGCGGCAUGGGCGGAGGGCGACGACCCACGGGGCCGGUAAAAGCGAAACCCAUUGAGCACAAGUUGAUGUUCUCUUUAGAGGAGCUGUACACCGGCACCAACAAGAAGAUGAAGAUCAACCGGCGUGUGAAGGGGCAGCCGAUGGAGGAGAUCCUGGAGAUCGCAGUGAAGCCGGGCUGGAAGAAGGGCACACGCAUCACCUUCCAGGAAAAGGGUGACGAGGAGCCGGGUGUCAUCCCCGCGGACAUUGUGUUUGUGUUGGACGAGAAGCCGCACGCUCGCUUCCGGCGCGAGGGCUCCGACCUGCACUUCACAGCCACCCUGCCGCUGGCGGAUGCACUGUGCGGCACCACGGUAAAGAUCCCGCACCUGGACGGCACCACCCUGGACCUAACCAUCAGCAACGUCAUCCGACCCGGGGACGUCAAGAUCAUGCGCGGCAAGGGCAUGCCGGUCACCAAGGAGCCCGGCAGCUUCGGAAACCUGGUGGUCCACUUCGAGGUGCGCUUCCCGCGGGACCUGUCGGACGCGGCGAAGCAGCAGCUCAGAGGCGUGCUGCCAGCAAACUGAGGCAUGGAGGCGGGGGGGGAGAA